UAUAUAUAUAUACCUGAUCGAUCAUUCUAAUAACCGUGCUUCAAUUCCAUCCACCAGUUCUAACCAUUUUCUUCCGGCCAGUUCCAAUCUUGAUUCUCAGUUUUUGAGGUGGAGAGAUGAGUUCUACUUCUUCAAUGGCAUCUUACAAAAGGCUAGAGGGGAAGGUGGCAAUUAUCACUGGGGGUGCAAGCGGGAUAGGAGCAAGCGCCGUGCGCAUAUUCCACGACCAAGGCGCCAAAGUUGUCAUAGCCGACAUCCAAGACGACCUCGGCGAAGCCAUUGCCAAGAACCUAGGCGACGAUGUCUGCUACAUCCACUGCGACGUAUCAAAGGAAGACGACGUCAGCGAUCUCGUGGACGCAACCAUUGCCAAACACGGAAAGCUCGACAUCAUGUACAACAACGCCGGCGUCCUAGACCGCCCAUUUGGGAGCAUUCUGGACACCACAAAGGCAGACCUGGACAAAUGCAUUGGCGUUAACUUGGUCGGAGCUUUCUUAGGAGCCAAGCACGCUGCUAGAGUCAUGGUGCCCCAACGCAAGGGUGUCAUACUGUUCACUGCCAGCGCUUGUACAGCAAUAGGAGGGCUUUCAACUCACUCUUAUGCCGCGUCCAAAUACGCUAUAUGGGGCCUGGCCCGGAACCUGGCGUCGGAGCUUGGGCAGUACGGCAUAAGAGUGAACUGUGUUUCGCCUUUUGCAGUGCCGACCGGCAUGACUACUGCGAAGGGAAUACAUGAAGAUGAUAUUGCGCAAAUGGAAGUUGCGAUGAGCGGGAUGGGGAACCUCAAGGGGGAAGUACUUAAGGCGGAGGGCAUUGCGCGGGCUGCGCUCUUCCUGGCUAGCGACGAAGCCAAUUUUGUGAGUGGGCUCAACCUUGUGGUCGACGGUUGAUUCAGUAUCGUCAAUCCUACCAUGUUGAUGGCAAUAAUGCCUCAUCAAAUUACUCCAUAAAACUAUUGCUCGAGUGACGUACGUUUUUUUUUUUUUUUUUUUUUUCCUUUUUCCGGGAUAUAUUUGUGGCAAUUUUUUAGCGGCAACACCAAAGUCGCUCAUAAGGAUCACUCAUUAACAGCGACCUCUAAAUAUCGCCGCUAAUGAGAUAUUUUUAGCUGCAACUUUAAAGCCGUCACUAAAAAGUUCGCCGCUAAUAUGCAAAUUUCUUGUAGUGUGUGAGCAUCGAGAGAUUUGUCAUACUAAGCAGUCAGGUAAUGGGGUUGCACAUUUGCUUGCUAAACAAGAUGUUUUUCUUGAUUCUGAUAGGAUUUGGUUUGAUUGUUUUCCAAAGUGUAUUCGAAAAAUUGUUGCAUCAGAGCUUUCCCCUCUGGUUAUAUAAAGCUUUAUGCUUUUGUUUGUUUCAUAA